AUGCUAAAGUGGAGAGCGAUCGUUGACAGGUACCUCUCAUUCUGGCAUCUUGACCUCGAUCCUGUUUCGCUUUGCGCCGUUCUUAUCAGCAUCGGCAUGGCCGUCGAUUUCGUUGCCCAUACUACAUACCACUAUCAGAACUACAUUCCACUUGUAUUUGUUAAAACAAUAACUCUGGUGGUCAUAUGGGGUUUAUGGCAUGGAUUGGUGCUGCUUCCUGCUUUUCUUUCUCAGAUUCCAUUGCGUCUUUUGAACUUCAACUGUUAUCGGGUCCUAGUGAAUGCUCGGAAUGAAGUUGCCGGCCAGGAGAUGUUACUUCUCGAUGGCGACGCUAUUCGUACAUGA